AAACUACAAUUCCCGACGGGGACCGCGGUGAAGGGGGGUGGGAUCUGAACAUGGCGGCGGUGGUAGCUGCUACGGCGUUGAAGGGCCGGGGGGCGAGAAAUGCCCGCGUCCUCCGGGGGAUUCUCUCAGGAGCCACAGCUAACAAAGCUUCCCAGAACAGGAACCGGGCACUACAAAGCCACGGCUCCCCAGAAUGCAAGGAAGAGCCUGAGCCCCUAUCUCCUGAGCUGGAAUACAUUCCCAGAAAGAGGGCCAAGAACCCCAUGAAAGCGGUGGGACUAGCCUGGUACAGCCUGUACACCCGCACCUGGCUUGGGUACCUCUUCUACCGACAGCAGCUGCGCAGGGCAAGGAAUCGCUACCCCAAGGGCCACUCCAGAACCCAGCCCCGCCUCUUCAAUGGAGUGAAGGUGCUUCCCAUCCCUGUCCUCUCCGACAACUACAGCUACCUCAUCAUCGACACCCAGGCCCGGCUGGCUGUGGCUGUGGACCCUUCAGACCCUCAGGCUGUGCAGGCUUCCAUUGAAAAGGAGGGUGUUACCUUGGUCGCCAUUCUCUGCACUCACAAGCACUGGGACCACAGCGGAGGGAACCGCGACCUCAGUCGGCGGCACCAGGACUGUAGGGUGUACGGGAGCCCUCAGGACGGCAUCCCCUACCUCACCCAUCCCCUUUGUCAUCAAGAUGUGGUUAGCGUGGGACGACUUCAGAUCCGGGCUCUUGCUACCCCUGGCCACACACAAGGUCAUCUGGUCUACCUACUGGAUGGGGAGCCCUACAAGGGUCCUUCCUGCCUCUUCUCAGGGGACCUGCUCUUCCUCUCUGGUUGUGGACGGACCUUUGAGGGCACUGCCGAGACCAUGCUGAGCUCGCUGGACACUGUGCUGGGACUGGGGGAUGACACUCUGCUGUGGCCUGGUCAUGAGUACGCGGAGGAGAACCUGGGCUUCGCAGGUGUGGUGGAGCCUGAGAACCUGGCCCGGGAGAGGAAGAUGCAGUGGGUGCAGAGGCAGCGGAUGGAGCGCAAGAGCACGUGCCCGUCCACGCUGGGAGAGGAGCGCUCCUACAACCCGUUCCUGAGGACCCACUGCCUGGUGCUGCAGGAGACGCUGGGGCCGGGCCCGAGCCCCAGCGAGGAUGAGGGCUACUCCCGGGCCCAGCUCCUGGAGAAGCUCCGCCGCCUGAAAGACCUGCACAAGAGCAAGUGACGCCCCCAGCCCACCCCUGCCCACCCGCGCGGUGGGGAGGCCAGCCACGGCCUGCAUACAUCCUCCCCCUCAUCGCUACCAUGCCGCCUCCAUCAGGGCCCAGGAUGGGCGUCAUUCCCCAGCACUGGUCGGGGGAGAGGAGGGACAAAGCGGGAGACCUUGAGGCCCGGAGAAAGGGGACAGCUCAAAGGCUUGGAGGCUCCAUGGAGUGAGGCUGAGCUGUCAAGAGGAACAGGAAAGGAGGGGCCCUGGGACAUCUCCAGACCUACCUGGAAGGGUCCCCUCCUCCCUUGCCCUGUUCCUGCUGUGGUAGCAGCCCCUCCCUCAAGAGGCCUCACUCUCGCUGAGCCGCUAAACCCAGGGCAGCAGGAGCCACUAACAGGUUGAACCCACCUUCCCCCUUCUCCCAUUCAGGGUGAGGAAGAAACUCGGUCCCCCAAAGUGGCCUGAGAUGAGAUGCCUUGGAAAAGUGGUCACUCAGAGGGGCCUCUGGGCUCUGGUUCACUGCCCCCCUUCCCCUGCCUCUCCACCCUGCCCCCACGGAGGCGUUUUUCAAACAAAGCCAUUUCUGAGAAAGAUGGAAGGGCUGGAAAUCUGGCUGUCUGGCCGGUGUCUGCCUCAGUGACUUCCCUACAGCCUGGAGGAGGGGGGGUCCUGGUUGCCAAGGAAACCUGGACCUCAGACUGAGAGACACGACAGGCUGCUGGGAUUGCAGCCCAACAGUCUUGAGGGUCAUCCUGGCUCCCUGCACAGCUGGCCUGGGCCUGCCGCUGGCCUCUGCCCCGGCUCUGGGCCGACAGGGCCCCUUGAUUCCAGGGGAGAGAGCGCCAUCGUUCACCAGGGCCACUGCCAUUUUCCCGUCCUGGCCCUUACUCUUAGAAUGUCUGCCUUCCUCUAACUUCUGCUUUAUCCUCCACCCCUUUCCCCUUUCAGCUAUUUACAACAUUCAUCUGGCGCCUUGCAGUAUGCCAAGAACAUUCUGUGUCAUUUCUCAUCUGAUCCUUGGCCCCACCCUGGCUGGGGGGAGGGCUCCGUGCAGCAGAGUUCAGAAAUCAGAAGUCUGGGAGCGGAGGCGUCUCGGGUGAGGGGCAGCUUCCAGGCCCCCAGGCCUGGGCCCUUCCCCUCUGCUCAGCCCUUAGCUCAGCUCCUCUGGUCUUGGGUCCAGGUCCCUUUGGGGCCACAGAGAGGAACCCUAGGGUCCUCAGGCAGGCGUACCUUGGGUCAGCCAGGGACCUUCUCCUCCUUCAAGGAGGAGCCUUUCCUCAGACUCUGCUCACCUCUGGCGAGCCUCCAAGAUGCCCUCUGCCCUCAGUUUCUCCUCAUCAUCCGGCCUCUGCCUCCCUCUCUAGCCACAGCCUCUGGUACCGACUCUAGCAAUACUUCCAGAAUAGUUAGAGUUCCCCGCACCCAAAGACAUGCGAUUUCCUGCCUCUGUGCCUUCGCUCAUGCUGUUUCUUCAGACUGGAAUGCCUCUCCCCUGCUCCUCCUGCCUUGUCUGCCUGGCAAACACCUGUUCAUCUCUCCCAUCCCCCUCAAAGGCCCCUCCUCCAAGAAGACAACCCCCAUGCCUCUCCCCCUCCAAGCUACCUCUGCUCUUUGUAAAUGCUUCUCUCCUGGCACUUACCACUGUAUUUCACUUGUUUACAUGUUUGUCUCCCCUUCUAGACUGUGAACCCUUCAGGGCAUGGACUGUAUCUUAUGCAUCUCUAUUUCUGCGCCUAGCACGGUGCCUGGCACGCAGUGGGCGCUCAAUAAAUGUUAAAUGAAUGAAUGAU